UUAUGUUGUGAUAGUGGUGAGGAGCUGGAUGAGGGAGAGACAGAGAAGGUGGAGUGCGGGUUACAGACAGUACAUACAUAAAGGAGUUGAGGGCUUUGAUUCUUUUCGGCCCGGUGGCUGACUUCAACGGUUGUGUACCUCUACGCGAGGUAAACUGCGACCUGGACUACAAACCAGGGCGAGAAGAGAGCAGGGCGGAAACGUCUGGAAUGAAAGAGGAAUAAAGAGAUAGCUGAUAGCUAAAAAAAAAAAAAAAGGGAAAAAAAGGGAGCGACAUCGAAAACGAGCCACAGAGGAGGAAACAGACCCCCGGCCAGACGACCCGUUAGCACGGAUACAGGGAGGCAACAGAGGAGGAGGUGGAAUUAAAGUGAGAAAGGCUGACAAGUAACACAAGAGAGGAGAGCUAUUAUCACUAGGCAGGUAUGGCAGAUGCAGAGCUCGACUUCCAGACAGGUGAUGCCGGGGCAUCCGCCACCUACCCCAUGCAGUGCUCGGCCCUGCGCAAAAACGGAUUUGUUGUGCUGAAGGGCCGACCCUGCAAGAUCGUCGAGAUGUCCACCUCCAAGACUGGCAAGCACGGCCAUGCUAAGGUUCACCUGGUUGGUAUUGACAUCUUCUCUGGAAAGAAGUAUGAAGAUAUUUGUCCCUCCACUCACAACAUGGAUGUUCCCAACAUCAAGAGAAUGGAUUACCAGCUUAUUGGGAUCCAAGAUGGCUACCUGUCCCUGCUCCAGGACAGUGGGGAGUUGAGAGAGGACCUGAAGAUUCCAGAGGGAGACCUGGGCAAAGAGAUCGAGAGCAAGCACGAAGCCGGAGAGGAGAUCCUGAUCACCGUUCUAAAUGCAAUGGAUGAAGAAGCUGCAAUUGGCAUCAAAGCCUUGGGUAAAUAAGCCACUGCAGGGGCAAACGAGAUGCACUGGACCUGGGGAAAAGGAGGGGAUAUUGCCUCGUAAAUGCUAUUCUCCCUCUUUUGUUUUCCUUUCUUUUCGUCUUUGUUUUUCAUUCUCUCUCCCCCUCGCUCUUGUCUUCUGACCUUCCUUUGGGUUCAAUUAGAGAGGAACUUUAAUAAAUAAUUGGAAUAUCGAACGGCUAAAAAGUGAAAACAUUCUCUAUGUGCAUUCACUCAUUAAAACCACAUCUAAGUCCAGACAUGCAGAUAAGAGACGUGUAGAGGAAGGUCUCUCACUAAUAAGUGAGUAGGUCUACAAAUAAUAAGUAGCUACCUACCAUCAGGGGAAAGAAGUGGUGAUAAUGUCACAACUGUUAUGUUUUUUAUAUGUUCCCCUGUUUUAUCAAGGGCUUCAACUCUAGAUCUGCAUUGUUCAGUUGAGGCUUGUUCAGCGCGUGUGUGCCGUACAGGACUGAAUACAUGACUAGGUGUUGUCUUGUCUCUUCUGUAUGGCACAUUUUCUUUUUUUGGCAAUUCAUCUGAACAAGCCCCCCACCCCCACACCCAUCCCUCCCUUCUGCUGUUUUGUUUCACCACCUGAAACUUGUCUAUUAAAACAAAAGGUUACCAACAUGGCA